UCUAUGUGAUACAAACACAUAAACCUCUCUGAUCGAGGAAAUGGUGGAUUAUUAUCAGGUUGCUGCGAGAAGGGCUUCCUACCCAGACUCCAUCCAGAUCCUUGAGGCUGAUAUUCAGCACGCGAACACGCUGUGAGUUCUCUUUCUCUGGAAGUGAGAUUCUGGGAAAAGUCUGGGCUGUACAAUGUAGGUUUUCUGGGAAUUUAGCCCUAAUCGUCUGAUUGCUUUUUCACGAAGAUUCUUUUUGAACGUUUAAAGUUAGACCCUAUUUGGUCGAAUAAUUGGACACUUUUUGCUGCUUCCUAAUCUAGGUUGAGCUCUUGAUGGCUUUGUGGAGUUAUGUGAAGGGCACCUAUCAAACAGAGGGUUACUGGGACUGAUUGAAAGAUACAUAUAGCAUAUAAUGUAGUGAGGAUUUGCAUAGGGAUGAUUGGUUUUCUUUUGUAUUGUAAUUUUGCUUGUUGGUUUCUAACUUGACUUCCAAAUUCCGCUCCAAUUAGAGUUUAAGACGUAGGAUCAUUGGAAAGUGAAACAAUCGCGAUCAGUGUUUUAAAAGGUCUAAGACACAAGUCAAGGCGUUGCACCAUCGAAGCAUCCAUAAAAAAGGUUAAUGAUUAGUAACUGAUGGUACUAGUAAAUCAUGCUAGUAAAGUAAAAAAAGUUCAAUUAACCUAUUCAAGUCUUUUGGAAACGUGCAUUGUUAGGUCCCCUUCCCCCCCCCCCCGAGUUUUCUAAUCAAAGUCAAAAGUAUCUAACAACUAUAUUAACUGUAAGAACACAAAAAACCCAUUAAAUUUUAGAGGGAAAAAGCUAGCCUGAAGAGUCCGGUGCAAUGCCUCACUGAACCCAGAGAGGUGUUUGCCCAAGAGAGACUUGUGCCUUCCUCAGUUACCCUAUGGAAAUUUUGUCUCGCGAUGCCUUGCCUUGCUCGGGGGUGCCCUAACUUUGCCUUUUAAAACUACGACCUUGAUUAAAUUUUAAUGGAGAAUUGUGAGUUUGAUUAGAAUUUGGUUUAGGGUUAGCUGGGGCCUAAGGUUGGUGCCAUUCCAUGAACAUUCGGAUGUCCGAAAAUGCUUAUACAUGUUCAUCUUUCUCUUUGUUAUCUUUCUUUUUAUUUGGACUUUGGGCUUCAAUCAAUUCUCGUUUUCAAGUUUGUAUAUGUCUUCAGCGCAGCAUCUAUUCCCAGAGCCAAAGAUGGCACUUUUCUUCAAAUGAAAUUGCUCUACAAUCCCUCUGUGCAUGUUUUAAGGUUUUUAUUGCAAUGGAUGGAUCUCUCAUGUUCAUGUUUGCUCCCAAGUUACCUAAAUCUCUUCUAUGUGGUUGUCUAUAAGGUUUCACCAGAUUGGAAGCCAAUCAUCUCUUCCCAUGCAAGGAAGGCUACCAUUAGAGAAUUCUACACUUUGGUGCUUCCAUCUCUCCAGCGCCUCAGCAACAACAUCGCGGAUGUUAAUCAAGAUGAUGACCUAAUGACUACUGCAAGAACAAGCUCAGAGGAGAAGAGGGACCUUGAUUUCGACAGAGACGAGGAGUGUGGAAUCUGCUUAGAGCCCUGCACCCAAAUGGUUUUACCAAACUGCUGCCAUGCUAUGUGCAUCAAUUGCUACCGUGACUGGAAAAUGAGAUCAGAGUCGUGCCCAUUCUGUCGGGGCAGCCUGAGGAGAGUGAGCUCAGGAGAUUUGUGGGUUCUCAUGUCCAGUCGCGACGCGGUUGAUCCUGAAACUGCAUCGAGGGAGGAGAUUCUGCAGUUCUAUCUGUACAUAAACAGCCUGCCUAAAGACACCCCGGAUGCUGUCUUCUUAAUGUAUUACGAGUAUUUGAUUUAAUCGGCCUCUGAUGAGAGGCAUGCUUUCCAGGAAGUGAAGAAUGCCGACAGUAACAUGUGAAUAGAGAGUCUGGUGAGGCUUUGUUCCUGGAACUGGUAGCAAAGAGUUUACCCAAUCUGCUCUCCUUUGAUACACAGGAACAUUAUGUUUCACUAGAGCAUCUUGGGAAAGUAUUGUAGCCAUUUUUGUACAUUUUACAUUUUGUGACUUUGAUCUUGGGAAUGAAUUAAGUAUGGUACAAAUUAAUGUGAAUAUGAAUUGCUUUCACUUGUGAUUUU